UAUGAACACUCUGAUAGUCUUUUAUUACCAGGACACACAUCCGACAACUUAUCACAUGAGUGAAGAACAUUGCAGUGCACCAGAGAAGAAAUUCCAGUGUCAGUGUGUCUUUCAGGGAAUCAGACUGCCACCAUGGCUACUCCUGAUCAAAGGACGACAAAGGUGUUUCAUGAUCCUGUCCAUGGACAAAUAGAGUUACCCCAACUCCUGGUCAAAAUCAUUGACACACCUCAGUUCCAGAGACUGCGAAGCAUUAAACAACUUGGGGGGGCCAGUUUUGUUUACCCUGGAGGGGACCACACCCGGUUUGAGCACUCAAUUGGGGUGGCCUACUUAGCAGGAGAGUUAGCAAAAGCUCUGAGAUCAAGGCACCCAAAGCUCAUCGAUGACAAAGACAUCCUCUGUGUGCAAAUUGCAGGUCUUUGUCAUGAUCUUGGACACGGGCCCUUUUCUCACCUGUUUGAUCAAAUGUUCAUUCCAAGGGUACUUGGACGCCAAAACCAGUGGGAACAUGAGAAAGCAUCUCAAGAGUUGUUUGACCACUUGGUGAAGGAAUAUAAACUGGAAGAUGAGAUCAUUGAUGAGAAGAUUCGCUUGGAAAAAGAGGACCUGACUUUCAUCAAAGAGAUGAUAAAUCCAACGAAAGUUCAGGACAAGUGGCCCUUUGAAGGUCGUGGUGAGGAAAAGUCUUUCCUCUAUGAAAUUGUGUCAAACAAACUGAGUGGAAUUGAUGUGGACAAGUUUGACUACCUGGAGAGAGACUGCCUCCACAUGGGUCUCAAGAACACCUUUGACUUUCGCCGCUUCUUCUUGUUUGCCCGGGUGUGUAAGGUGGAUGGAAGGAAUCACAUCUGUCUGAGAGAAACGGAAGUGGGCAAUCUGUACGACUUGUUCUACUCAAGGUACAGUCUCCACAGAAGAGUCUGCCAACACAGAGUGACCCAAAAUGUGAACCUUAUGAUCACUGAUGCUUUCGUAAAAGCUGACCCGAUCCUCAACCUCUCUGGAGCCAUCAGCAUCAUGGAAGAAUACACCAACCUGACAGAUGAAGUGUUUGAGAAAAUUCUGCAUUCCACCGGACCUGAUCUGCAGGAAGCAAGGGAGAUUUUAAGGAAUAUCCACAAAAGAAAGCUGUACAAGUUUGUGGGUGAAGCCAAGAGAAACAACCGGUCAGAACACAUAACAGAGGAGGAGAAAACCCAACUGAUCACUGACCUGAAAGCUGCAAUGGAAGCUGUUCCUGGAGACGUCAUUCCUCGUGACAGCAUUGAAGUUCAUCGCUUCGUCUUUGACUAUGGGAGGGGAGACGAGGAUCCUGUUCGCAACGUGUUUUUCUACCGAAAGGAUGCACCAGAGACAGGACUCCGUAUCCUCCGUAUCCUCCGUAUCCGGCAAGACCAGAGAGCCAAUCUUCUCCCAGACCGUUUUUGUGAGAGGAUCUUCAGAGUUUACUGGAAGAACACAGAGAAUGAUCAGACGACACAAAACAGGCUAUGAGAGGCCAAGAGGAGAUUCUCCGCCUGGUGCAAACAAUCAACUUUUGUUGAUAGCCAGUUGCUUUUUGAAGAUGCUGAAGCUGAAGACCAAAACUGAUGGAAAGGACACUCUGACACUUGGUACAUAAAAUUAAAAUGAUGUAAACAUCAGGCAUAAAAAUGAUGUUGGGUAUAAAAGUGUUUUUGUUUUUUUUUUCAACAUGAAAGAAUCUAUAGCAUCCUAUGUUGCAGACUAUAUUAAAUCUUUCUGGAGGUUUGACAAUCAGUAGGAAACAUUCUAUCUUAUAUUUACCUUUAUAGUCAGCUAUGUUGAUCAAUCAUCACUGAGUUUGAGCAGCACAUGCAACAGAGUCUGACUGAGGAUACAUUUUUAGGUGAAAGCAUGUUAAAUGUUUUGUGGUGUAGGGUUUUAAGUCAUGUAGCUUAAUGUAGACAUCAGUUAUAGAAACAGUUUGAGUUUGACUGAUUUCAUGGAGAUUUUUGUGUGUUUGACAUGAUUACAGAAUUCUGUCUUGAAUGUUUUAAAGUAGCUUUUGAACCUCACUUUUCAUGUCUUUAUUAUCAAUUUUCUAUUGUCACUGGCGGCAUGCAGUUUUGUUUAAAAGAUUUUGCACUUAAAAUUAGCUCUCAGAAAAGAACUUUAAGAAUUUAGAAACAAAUUCAGUUGAGAUGAACUUAUGGGAUUGUUGUUAUUUAGUCAUUGAGUGAUUUUUUUUCUUCUUACAUCAUUUGUGGUUGUGACUGUAGUUAAUCAUAUUUAAGAGGAUUUUAUUAAAAAUGGUCUCUGGUCU